UGACCUCUCCGGCCUAUAUAAUGUGACGGGAGCGGAACCCUCUCCACAACACACAGUGCUCCUACGCAGCAUUGAGACUUGCACCCGUAGUACGUACGCCAUGCAGCUCGCCGCGGUGUACACGGAUCCCUGGGUGCUCUCCGGCACCGCCCUCUUCGUCCUCGUCCACCUCGUGCUCCGGUACAUCCGCUCCGACGGCCGCCGCCUCCCGCCGGGCCCUCGCGGCUUCCCGAUACUCGGCGCGCUGCCCCUCGUCGGCCCGACCCCGCACACCGGGCUGGCGGCGCUGGCGCAGAAGCACGGCCCGGUCAUGUACCUCAAGAUGGGCACCUGCGGCGUCGUGGUGGCGUCGUCCCCCGCGGCGGCGCGGCAGUUCCUCAAGGUGCAGGACGCGCGCUUCGCCGACCGCCCCGCCGUCGCCAGCGCCGUGGACAUCACGUACGGGUUCCAGACCAUCGCGUUCGGCAUGCAGGGGCCCAGGUGGAAGCAGAUGCGGAAGCUGUCGACCGUGCACCUGCUCGGGGCGCAGGCCAUGUCGGAGUGGGCGUCCGUGCGCCGGGACGAGGCCGGCCGCGUGCUGCGCGACGUGGCUGGGGCCUCCGUGGGCGGGGAGCUGGUCUCCGUGCCGGACGUGCUGGUGCGCGCGUUCGCCAACAUCAUCGGGCAGAUCACGCUGAGCAAGAGGCUGUUCGACACCCAGGGCGACGAGGCCAACAGAUACAAGGAGAUGAUCACGUUGGUGCAGAGCGGGUCGGGGCUGUUCAACAUCAGCGACUUCGUGCCGGCCCUGUCACGCUUCGACCUGCAGGGUGUGCAGGCGAAGCUGCGGAAAAUCCACCUCCGCUUCGACGACAUGAUCAGCAGCCUCCUGGACGAGCACUCGGCGACGGCCACGCAGCGGCAGGGCCGGCCGGACUUCAUCGACAAGCUCAGGGCCAGCAUGGCGGACGAGAACAAGGACAGCAACGACGCCGACACCAUCUCCGAAGUCAACGUCAAGGGAUUCGUAUUUGACAUGUUCACGGCCGGCACGGACACGGCGUCGAUCAUCGCGGAGUGGGCGCUGGCGGAGAUGAUCAAAAACCCGUCCAUCAUGGCGCGCGCGCAGGAGGAGAUGGACCGCGUGGUCGGCCGCGGCCGCCGCCUCGAGGAGUCGGACGUCGCCGGCCUCCCCUACCUGCAGGCCGUCUGCAAGGAGGCCAUGCGGCUCCACCCCUCGACGCCGCUCAGCAUCCCGCACUUCUCCGGCGAGGAGUGCGAGGUGGACGGCUACCGCAUCCCCAAGAACACGCAGCUGCUGGUCAACAUCUGGGCCAUCGGCCGGGACCCGGCGGCGUGGGAGGACCCGCUCGAGUUCCGGCCGGAGCGGUUCCUGUCCGGGCCGACGGCCAGCGUGGACGCGCUGGGGAACUGCUUCGAGCUAAUCCCCUUCGGCGCCGGCCGGCGGAUCUGCGUCGGGAAGCUCGCUGGCAUGGUGUUCGUGCAGUACUUCCUGGGCAUGCUGGUGCACGCGUUCGAGUGGCGGCUGCCGGAGGGCGAGAAGCUGGACAUGGAGGAGCUGUUCGGGCUCACGAUGCCCAAGGCCGUGCCGCUGCGGGCCGUUGCCACCCCACGGUUGGCGCCGGCCGCGUACGCGUGACGGGCGCGUCCCGUCCCGUGUGCAUGUCUGCGCGGAUGACAUGCGGGUCCUGUAUGGAUCGAUUGUCCACUUUUUUUUAAUCGUAUUUGUAUUGAAUCCAGAAACAAGCAUAGCAGUGCACACCCAGCCUUCUCCUCGCUUGGGAUUCCUGGCCGUCGGAUCCUUCCUUUGAUGCAUUCUGGACCAUAGGAUUCGCCUCCGGAUGACAUCGGCCGUCGGAUCAGGCCCAGAUCACUGCUACAAUGAACAGUGAUGAAUAGUAUCUUUCACUCGGUUUUCCCUACUGUUUUUUCUUACUCCAGAAUUACUAGGCCGACUCGCUGACGUGUGGAGUCCCUCGCUGGUGGGCCAUGCCUGUCGGUGACUGGGGCUGGGAUGGUGGACUGUGCGGCACGUGGCCUCCUUCAGCGGGCAAAUAUCCCGUGCCACCGCCGAAAAUACCAUGCCCCGCCGAAGGUAUAUUCGGUAUUUCCUGUGGUGGGUCUGUGUGUGUCGUCUGUUGGUUGGCUCUGGAUGGAUGAGGUCACGCAAGGCGCCGAUUGGGUGAGAACCCUAGCAUCCACUCCCCGUCGCCGUUCCUCUCAUGCCGCCUACCUCACCGCUGCUGCUCUCCUCGCCGAGCUCGCUCGCCGCCGCCGCAUCCCAUCCCGGUCGCGCUCCCGCCACCAUUCCUUCUUCCCUCCUACCACUCCCCUCCUCCAGGCCUAGAAAUCGAGGAGGAGGCCGAGCCGCUACCCGCUGUCGGUCCUCAGACCGUCCUGAUCGACCAAGCUCAGGGUCGAGGGGCGCGCCGGAUCCGGGCGCGGCAGCUCGCUCCCCCUGCGCUCUUGCUCUGGAUCUCGUCCUCCUCCUCUAGCCGCCGUUCGUCCUCCUCGGUGACGGUGCGUCUUUCUUCCCACCGCCGUCAUCUCCUUCGCCCAGCCAACCGCCGCCGCACCGCACGAGGUGGGAUGUGACCCAUGCCCCCGCCUUCUCCUCGGCCCAGCCGACCACCCCUCCUCUGCAUUCCUGCCCAUCUCACUGCCCCUCCCCCAUCGCUCCUCCUUCUCCUCAGUUGCCAGGAGAGGCUCGGCCUCGCUCGGGCCGCAGCUCCCCCGUCGAGUUCGUGCGUCUGCAUCGUCGGGAGGAGUGGAGGCUGCGUCACAGACGGGCGAAGAUGUCCAGCCUGCUCUCUGCGCCCCUGGCGUCGUCGCUGUCGUCUCUUCUCCACUCCCUCUGGUGCUCCUUGCCUGCAUCUGCACCUCCGUGGACUGCAGCUCCACCCAAGCCGCUGUUACAGGUCACCACUAUCACGGGGCAGUACGAGGUCUUUGUGUUAGUUUUGUAAGCCAUGGUGUAUUAGAAGCAAACACAUGCUAAGUGGGCUUCAUUCUGCAACUCUGAAAUUCUGUACAAUCAUCGAUGUGCAUUGUUCUCUCCAGCAGAUUAGUAGUCUCCUAAUUAAUAACCCCACCACGAUUAUGAGCAUAACUUUAUUCAGCUUUUCUAUGUGUUGUGGUAGAUCUACUAUACGUGAUAGAUAACAGCAGUAGGUUAAUUUGAUGGGCAUCAUAUGGACAUGUUCUAAAUUAUACGGUUACAUUCGUCUUCACUUUUCUGUUGUUACUGGUAGCAUUUAUCUACUAUCCUGCUACUGCACUACUUUACAGAGGAAAUUUUAUUCGAUCAUUCAUUUUCUUGAGAUUUACUUCAUAUAUUGAUGUAGUUUGUUUUGAUUUCAGCAAUGCAGAAUAAUGUUUAUGGGAAGAUCGGACAAGAAGAGGUUGAACUCUGAUUCCACCCUAUGUUGUUUGCUGCUUAAAAUUAGUCGACUGUGUGUUGUCUUGGUCAUUAUCAGUAUUUAUGUCCAUGAGGUUUGGAGUAGGCCCAGAAUGCUUUCGUAAUUCAGUUCAGAUUUCCAUGUGCUGUAAUGACUAUUCAGUUGGAUUGGCUUAGAACUACAAAGGUUGAGGAUAAGCCAUUCAUCCUAUAGGUUGUAGGUGUAAUUGAUCAAACAAUUGAUCACAUUGUAGUCAAGAUUGUAGAGCUUAAAUGGUUCUUUCUUUCUAUAUGUUGUUGAUUCUCUUGGCCUUGAUUCUGAAUUGUUGUUGCUCUUUGCAAAUUGUAGGUAUGCAUUCCUACCAGGUUUGUUGUUUGGAAAUGCCAGUCACAUCAUUUCUGAAUUCGGAAUUGUGAAGGGUCCAAUGAAAAUCCAAGCAAGUUGUGGAGUGAUAUUAUUGUUGUUUCUUGCAGGAUGGGGAUUGAUAAUUGGAAUAUUGAAUGGGUACAUUCACCGGACAUGAGGGGUUGCCAAUGUUAUGGGCUUGAUUGGUUUGUGAGUUGCACCAGGAUUAUGCUUUGAAGGGGCAAGGAGCGGCGAUCCAAUAUACACCAACGAUGAAGGUAUAUUCGUAUACAAUAUGUAGCAGCACAGUCAUCUCGGGCGCCUCGUGGCAGAGAGAGUGAAAGUGAUGUUUUUAUGAUGGUACGAUGGCCUAGACCUGUGUUAUUUUAUUUAUUAUUAUUAUCAAACUUCUUUAGUUACACUCUUCUUGUACUAAUGGUCUAUAUACGUGCUUUGUACUCUGAAUCCAUCAUGUGCUUUGAAUAUUUAUACAAGCCCCUUUAUGCACAAUUUGGCGAUAGCAUAUGCCCGAGUAGUUUAAUCAGUCGAGUUUCAGGUUAGUUAUUCAUUCGAUUUUGAAAAAGCAAUAAUGAUAUAUUCAACUAAAAAUCUGUUCCAAAGAAAAAAAAUUAUGUACUAAUUUACACUGCAUAAAAUGAGCAUUACUAUUUCUUGAGAAUGAUGUCAGGAUAAUGAAGUUCUGUUUGCAAAGCACUUUCUUCCAUAUGUUUCUUUAUUUGCUUACUGUACUUUCCAACUUUUUGUUUGGAAAAUAGUAUACUUUGAGUUUGUUUUACUGCCUGGAGAAAGAAUGAGAGCCCUUUCUCACAGGGGCGUUCACGUGGAUGACCGAACUGAGUCUUCUUCUUUUUUAUAUCUCCAAAUUCAAAUAUGGUUUGAUUUGAUAGAAUAUCAGUCUAACAUGUUGAGAUUGUGAGUCUACAAAAACAAUUACAGAUACUAUCAAUUCAUAGCUCCCCUCAUUUUUGUAAAUUAUUCUCACAUGAAAAAUACUGUUUGUUCCUCUCUUUUUUACUGCAAAACGCAAGGAGAAAGGACGAUAUGGUAGUCAAGUUCUUUCCUGGAAAUCUUGCCUUGGUUGAUCUUGCGGGCAGGCCUUAGUCUCAGUUUGAUCUUGCCGUUCUGCGUCUCAAUGUUGAUGACUACCAUGAGGCACUGCACAGUUAAGCUCCUCUGGACCAUGGUGUGUUGGUUAGAUGUGCUCUCGCAUUGAUGGUCUAGCGAAUGGACGUCUCGACGUGUGUUAGAUGGUGAUGCUUCUUCCUAGGUCCAUCGUCCCUUUUGUCGUGCCGUAUUGCUUGCGAUGCGAUGUUCUGUUACACCGACCCCAGAAAACUUUAAUGUGGUGCUUGUGAAAGACCAACCGCUGUUGAUAUUAUGAUGGCAUUCUAUUUUGUGUGGUGUUUGUUUAGCUCUUGGUUGCUAACGAUGUAUUAUCAGUGCCAUGAUAUGGUGCUUCUGAUGGAUUAACUACUCCGUGGUUUUAAUGUUGGUUUUCUAAUC